AUAUAAAUAAAACUAUCUCAGUGCAUUCAAUCUCAGGAUCACGCAACGCCACGAUGCUCAUUCAAUCUCAGUGCUCCGUACUCUCUCCCAUUCGCCUCACAAACCCCCGUCGCCGGUGCCUUCUCAUUCCCCGCCCUGCCCCUUUUAACGUUUUCCGGUCGUACGGAGUUGUGAGAACAUGGCUGGGGAAGAAAAAGAAUGGGGGAGUGUUGGUUUCGGCUACGGAGGAGCAGAGCUCGAGCCUCAAUGUGCAGAAGAAAAGGAAAAUCGUGGAACACGUAAGCCUGCUCAAAGCGAAGCAGGAUUUAUCUGAUGAAGAAGAGAAGGAUAUGCUGGAUUAUCUCUAUACAACCCAGUAUCAAAUGCGAGGCAUUCUCGCCAUAUCACUAGGACGUGUCUCUGAUCAAAACCCUGACAAGUAUACCCACGCUGUCUACAUGCGCUUCCAGAGAAAUGAAGACAUUAGCAAGUUUUAUGAGAACCCUUUCUACAUGCGAGUUCUGAAGGAGCAUGUAUUCCCUUACUGCCAUGAAUUGCUUAAUGUCCACUACGAAUCUGAAGUAGAAGAUGAUAUUGUUCCAAUAUUCCGCAAAGGAGAGGAAUUCAACUUCGGUGUGGAAUUUGUGCUUCUGCUAUCGUUUGUUGAUAGUGCAUCUGGACAUGUGGAAGAGGCAUUGGUUUCUUUGGAAGAACUAAUUGUGGGAUUUCCAUCCUUGAUUGUCCAAUCUACUCGAGGUCUGAAUCUUAAUCUCAGCAGCAAGGAGUAUACACAUGGAGUAGUGAUCAGAUUUCGGUCCUUUGACGCUUUUGAGAUAUUCAUGGGAAGCUCAGAAUACAAAAAAAUAUGGAAGUCGAAAUUCGAGCAAAUCACUCGGAAAACAAUUUCUGUUCAUUUUUCAGUUCAUCCAGUUGGCAAUGAGAUUAUGUAGAGAGGAUCCUGUGAGGUGUGUUACCCUUAUUCAUCAAAACCGAAGAGUAUACGAAAAGAGGUAUAUCUCAUAAUAUUCAUAUGUGUCCCUGCAGGGUUUUGAGCAUGCAUUCUUGCUCAAUCUGUUUAAUUUAAGCACUAAGUAUGCAAGCUGGUUUCUCCAGCUUUGUUCUUUCAACCAGGUACUCACUCCGUCUUCUUCAAAAUCCUCGUACGGGAUUACUUUAAUCUAAUCCGUCCAAUUCUUCGAGAUUACAAGCGAAAAUUGUGCAUUGUACUGUAGGAAUGUACGUAUUUUUCUUGUAUCUUGAAUGAUUUAUCAGUCAAACUUCCAUAGCGCUUGUUGCUUGCAACAUUAACCUUCUAUCUGGUUUCUGAAUGACUUAUAGGAUCCUUCCAAAUG